AUGAAGAGAGAGGUGGCGACAAUGAUGACGAUGAUGAUGGCUGGGCUCAAUGAAGGUCAUGGAGCAGUUCUGCUGUUGGGUGAGGUGGGUCCCUCCCUCCCUGGACUAGAGUGGGAGUGCUUCGGCUUGUGGCCAGCACAGGCAAGUACACACGAGAUGGGCGGCUGCCACGUUGGCCACGUCUGCGGAUUCGAACAAAGCGGACAAGAAGCUGAACUCGUUGUGACUUGGGCUGGAACCGAUGUGUCGACACUUAGUGUCCAGUUGCAGCGCCAUUUCCACGGCAAGACCGAGGUUAAAAGACGUCGAUCACGACAUACAGGUGAUGCCUAG